AUGAAUGAAGAAUAUCUCCCAGAAAAUUUGGCGCGCUCCUCAACGCCCUCUUUCACAGCUUUAGAACCUCACCCUGAGCAAAUCGGAGGAGGGCGUCAAAAAUCACCCCCCCCCAUCCAGACUCCCACCAAACUUCGCACUCGCAUAAGACCCACCUCACGCGACGGUGGUCUUGUUCGAAAAAGCGCCCGCAAUAGAGCGAAACUGGUUCCAGACAAUGGCUCUGAUGGCCAUGCAUCAGAUGGUGUGCCGAGUUCUCACUUAGAGCACUUCUCUGGUGUUUUCUUCCCAAGACGCAGUGUGUCACGCGAGCGGUCGCCUAUGGUUCCUCGCGAGCCUCACUUCAUGCAGGAAGUGUUCACAGCACCCUGUGAUGCGAUACUUCCUCAGCCAACCCUGAGCAGUAUGUCGGGACAGACCCAACAAGAUCUGCCCAUCCGCAGCGGUGAACAAGAUGCCUACGACUUCUCGUCGCUCGAUGUCCCUGCCCCAUCCUGGGACUCUAUAGCUGGAGGAUCGUUCGACGUCAUGCAGCCAAACAACCUUUUCAUACCGCACGAGAGUCAUCUACCAGAACAUAAUACGCCUCCGCAUGUUCCAUUCCCAACUGGACUCAAUAUUCCUGCCACCCGUGUCAUCCCUCCCACUCCCGUCAACCCUGUCAUGAUGGGAAACCUCACGAUGGACACCGGUGUCAUCCCUCCCCCUCCUGCCAACCCUGUCAUGACGGGAAACCUCGCGAUGGACACCCAGGGAGGGCCUUCAGGUGCCACUGUCGUUGGUCGGAGGUCAGAAGAUGCCAACGCUGCAAUGGAAAAACAGUUCGACCUCAUUGAUUGCGCCAUCAAUGAGCUUUCUCGUGGCCGCGUCAAUAAUGGAACAAAUCACUGGAACAUCUACGGGCAAUACUUCAAAGCCCACCGCCUGCGCGAGCUACAGCGAGCUGGCAAGGAUGCGAAUAUUAUCAUCACAUCGACCAUCCAAGGCGAAUGUUAUAGGUCCUUCCAGGACGCAUAUCCUGAGGAUUGGCAAGACAUUCUCGACACAUUUGACGAGACACGGAUCGCUUCAGGCCCGCCUCUGACUGUUGCACAGCGGUCACAAGAAUUCACGAGGUUGACAAAGAAAGUGACAUCCAUGCUGGAUCUGGCCACCGCAAAGCAUGGCUUCGAAGCAGCGCUGCUUAUGUGCGGGAAGGUUGUGAAUCAAGAUGCGUCAAUUGGCUACAUACACACGACCCCUGGUGCAGAAGAGUUUUGGGCUUCCCGCUGUCGUGCCGAUGAGAACACGAUGGUGGGACAUUUUAAGGCCCAUGUAUACCACCUGGCUUCUCUUGCCGUUGUUGAGGACGUUUACGGUGAUGGCGGACUUCAACCUUCCAAAAAGGAUAUAUCAUUGCCUGGGCGGCGCACGCGCACCCCAGGGGUAAAAGAAGAUGAUGACGAGGUACAGGAGGUUCCCAACAAUGUCGAUUGGAAGACACUGGCCGACCACAUACAAUGCAUCAAAGUCGGCAUAACCUCAAUGUUCAGUAACCUCGGCGGGAAGUUAACAGCACGGUCAGGAACUUUCCCAUGGAAACUAUUACCUGCCGAGCUGGGCGCGUCACCGACCAAAAAUCCCCCAUUAUAUUCGGCGAGGCCCCUCCUGAAGAAUCCUUACAUUCGCAUGGUCGUCGCAUGCUUGUUGAUGGCACCAUCGACCGUCAGGGAAUCGCUUGUCAUGGACCAGGUGCAGCAAGCACAAAGGUCAAGCAGCCGAAGCCCUCAAACACGCAAGGAAGGCCAUCGUGCAUCCCCCAUUCUCGUAGACGACACGCCUCCACAAUCCCAAUCAAUCCCUAACAAGAAGCUUGUCCCAAUUGUCGAGAUCCGGAAUCGUCCUCCUCCACGUCCAUUGAAGGCUUCAAAGGGAAAGAAACCCGCACGCGAGGUCAUUCCCGUCGACUUGUCCAGCGAUGUACAGGUCAGCUCGGAGUCAGAUGCCGAGGAUGAGUUCAAGGAGGACAAAGACGCCCUUGAGAGUGAAGACUCACAGUAUGAAGAUGAAGUCGCCACCUCUCGUAAACGCAAGGUGAAGGGAACCAGAGGCCAUCGCUCGCAGAAGCGACGUGCUCCAUCAAGCGACGUUCAAGCUGUUGAACCGCCUCGCGAGGGCAGAAAAGCUGUCAAGGGCAAGGGCAAAGCGGUUGACCAGGAUACUGGCAAGGAGCAGAAGAUCGCAAAGAGAGUGCGCUAUGUCUCUGCCGCAACUGAAUCAGACACUGAACAGGAUGGACAUAAAGCUUCACGUCUUCGUGAUGGCCCACAGGACUCAUUGCAACCACGCACUCAACGCGGCAAGUACUACAUUGGUUUCACUACCAGGAACAGCGCUUAUGAUUUUGUAGAACUUCCACAACCCAAACAAGUCGUUCCAGGAUCAUCUGAAAGUGCACGCCAAGUUGCGCUAUACUCAGAAGGCAAGCGUCAACCGCACGCACCAGGAGGUUCCAACACCACCCAGGAUGCACGACAAGGAAGUCUCGACACCUCCCAGGAGGUGCUGCAAGAUGCCUCGCAAGGACCUCCAGAUGCCCCGCGAGGAAGCCGUGAUACAGCCCAGGUCGCACAGCAACGAGGACCCAGAGGCCCCAGAACCUCUAGAUGGGAUUUACCUGCCAGCGACCAUUUGGAGGUGCCUUCACCCACACCUUCAUCCCCAUCCCCUCAGAGUCGAGAGCAACCGCGCUCACUUCUUCCAGCACCCCAUGAUCAGCACAACACAACUGCCCAACCUAAUGGGCAGCAAAACAUUAGCGAUAGAAGUCUUCCUCUGCCACCAUCUCGUGGUUCUACGGAGUACCAGCCCAUGACUCAACGGCAUCUGCCUAGCGGUGUGAAUUAUGCCCCUGGUGUCAAUGCAGCUCGUCAGCCUCAACAUUCCAUGGAUCCUCGCAACACCAUGUACACAUAUCCUCCGCCCCCUCCUCCUCACCCCUACUAUCCUACGCGCUCAGAUUCCUAUGAGCAAGGGACUGGAGCAUACCAUGGAGGAAGGGACGUGCACGAUGGUCAUGUACCUGCUCCUCGCCAGGAAUACCCAGGAUACCGUGAUGGCCGGGUGAUCUAUGAUCAUUAUCAAGGUCCAGCCCCGCGUCAUGACAGACAUGAUCUUCGUCAAAACUGGCCCCGUUAUGCCGCAUAUCCUGAGGAUGGACGGACGAUUCGCGCUAAUUCAACGAGCCCACUACCUGGUCUUAUGCAGUACUCGUCGUCUCCCCCUCAGUCUGAAGGCAAUUAG